GCCGCAAGUCUCGCGAGAGCGGGCCGCCAUGGGGCUGCUGCAGGAGUGCGCGGCCGCCUUCGGCUCCGCCGACCUGUACGCGCUGCUGGGGGUGCCCCGGGAGGCCUCGCCCCGCCAGCUGCGCCGCGGCUACCACCGCGCCUCGCUCCGCCUGCACCCCGACCGCGCCGAGCCCCGCCACAGGGAGGAGGCGACGCGGAGGUUCCAGAUCCUGGGCAAGGCGUACGCCGUCCUGAGCGACGCGGAGCAGCGGGCCCUCUACGAUGAGCAGGGCACGGUGGACGAGGAGGGCGAGGCGCUGAGGGGCGAGCGGGACUGGCUGGAGUACUGGAGGCUGCUCUUCAAGAAGAUCACAACAAAGGACAUUGAAGACUUCGAGGAGAACUACAAAAAUUCAGAAGAAGAGCUGGCUGAUAUUAAAGCUGCCUACGUGGAUUUUGAGGGGGACAUGGACAGGAUAAUGGACUCCCUGUUGUGUGUGGACUAUACGGAUGAACCCAGAAUACGGGAGGUCAUAGAAAAAGCCAUCGAGUCUGGAGAAGUCCCCUCCUACAAAGCUUUUGUAAAGGAGUCUAAGCAGAAAAAGAUGGCAAGGAAAAGGCGGGCAGAAAGAGAAGCUAAGGAAGCAGAAAAGACUAAAGAAGAACUGGGCCUUGGUGAUGAAGAUGACUUGAAAGCACUGAUUCAGAGCCGAAAUCAAGAUCGCAAAAAGCAAAUGGAUGACUUUUUGGCCCAAAUGGAAGCAAAAUAUGGGAACAGUGCUAAAAAAGGAGGAAAGAAGACUGCAGGCAAGAGAGGAAAGAAAUAAAGAGCGGUGUAGGUAUCAUUUUGGUUGGGAAGAUGUAGAUUUUGGGGGGAAUUUCAGAGUUUUUCUGGACUACCGUUUCGAAGCGUGUGCGUCUCGCCCUGCUGUGACAGGGAGUUAUGAAAGCAUGGUGUGAACAAGGCAGAGCAUUUUGGUGCUGCUGUUCAGAAUCCUCUUGGGUGCUCUUUAGGUGAGAUCCAACAGAUUCCUGACUAAAAGCUUUGUUAACAGUAAGGAUGUUUGGGAGGGUGGUGUGUUUAUUAAACUUGUGUUGAAGCAUAUUCUUUCCAGACGCCUCAUGGAUGUUGGUACAGCUGAUGGUAAAACAACAUAACCCCCCACCUUUGAGAGUCUCCAGUGCUGGUUUCUGAGUUGGAAACCUUAUCUUUUGGGCUGUUCACACGUUUCUCUUGUAAAAAACACCUGCUGUUUUUAAAGGUCUUUGCACUUCAGCUGGAACAGGCGUUUCUCAGAUAUUCUAGUGCUUUUAUAAAGAUACUUUGGAAAACUGCAGAUUUAAUAAAGGAAAUGUUUGGGUUUUUUCAUACAA